CCAGCUUGGUUUCCCCCGGGUCUCCUCUGUGUUCCGCGGCUCCUGAAGGGUUUCCUCCCCUCCCCCGGUUAUUCCGUAGGUUUUCCGCCGUUCACACGCUGAAAAAAUGGGCCUUUAUUAACGAAGAGACAGAGCAGAGCUAAGUGACGUCUGGAUAUAAGUGGCAGAUGAAGAAUCCCACGAAGUGAGACAAUGACAAGAUGAAGCUGCUGCUGUGGAUUGUUGUUGUUUCUCUGAGGACUCUGACUGGGAGCUGUGGGAGCGGCGUGCUGUUCACCAAGCACCCAUCCAAUCAAACUGUGUCUCAGGGGAACGAAGUGAGGCUGGGCUGUGCUGUGGAAGGGGUGACAGAACCGGACAUCACGUGGAUGAAGGACGGAGAGAAGCUGUACAGCACUGAUCAAGUGUUCCUCACGCUGGGAGAGCAGCACUGGGAGACAUCCCACAGUGUGAAGUCAGUCCAGCAGCAGGAUGCUGGCCAGUACUGGUGUGAGGUGGAAUUCCACGGUCUGACCUUCUCCUCUGAACGAGCCUGGAUAACAGUUGAAGGUGUCCCUCACUUCAUCCAAGAGCCUCAGGAUGUGGCGACAUUUCCCAACGCUCCCUUUAACCUAUCCUGUGCUGCUGUUGGCCCUCCUGAGCCUGUGGACAUGCUGUGGUGGCUUGGAGGAGUCAAGGAGGGAGGACCCCAGCCAUCCCCCUCUGUCUUCCAUGUCCCAGGUGUGAACAGCAGCAUCAAGUUUUAUUGUGAAGCAAAGAAUGCCAGAGGACUCUCUGUGUCCAGAACCGGAACAGUCCACAUUAAAGUGUUGCCAGCAGCUCCGGUUGGCCUGCAGAUUCUCAGGAUAACGGACAUGAAUGUUACAUUGUCAUGGAGUCCAGGAUUUAUGGGUCACUCGGAGAUCUCCAUCUGUGUGAUUCAGGUGAUGAGGAUCUCAGGACGCAAGUGGAACCUACCUCAGCAGGAGGUGCAGGUUCCUCCUCAUAUCCACACACUAACAGGCCUGAGGAGUUAUUCCAAUUACAGCACGAGGGUCUCCUGCGUGAAUGAGGUGGGACCCUCCCCCUUCUCCCCAUGGCUCCACUUCAUCACUCCUGAGUCAGUGCCCUCUGUGGCCCCCAACAACCUGAGUUUUGAGCUCUCAGAGCUGCAGCUGUCUCUGCAGUGGGCCAAGCUGAAGGAGGAUGAGCUACAAGGGAAACUGUUGGCCUACAAGCUGCAGUGGACUCAUGGAGGAGAACCACAGGAGCCACUGCUGUUUAAGGAGAACUCUGCUCAGAUCUCAGGAGGAGCCCGUUUUUUUAAUGCCUCCAUCCAGGUGGCAGCCUGCACCUCGGUUGGCUGUGGACCUUGGAGCCCCCCAGUGCUGGUGUUGCCUGUCUCAGCACAGCACCAGGUGCAGCGGAGCCACAUGUGGGUUGGCCUCUUGCUCGGCCUGCUUGUGGCCACCAUCGUUGGUCUCCUGCUGACUGUCGCAGCUCAGCGCAGAGAGAAAGAAACAAAGUUUGGUUCUGCCUUUAAGAGUCCUGGUUCUGAGAGCUCAGUGUUCUUCACAGCAGCUCGAUCAUUCAGCAGAAACGUGGCAGAUUUGCACGAGUCCACCUGUGAGUUGGACAGUCUCUGCAUCAGCAGCGAGCUGAAGAACAAGCUGCAGGAUGUCUUGAUUCCAGAGAGACUUCUUACACUGGGCCACGUGUUGGGAAAAGGAGAGUUUGGGUCAGUGCGUGAAGCCAUUCUGAAGACGGAUGACUCAUCUGUGCAGAAGGUGGCUGUUAAAGUGCUGAAAUCUGACAUCACCUCUUCAGGUGACAUUGAACAGUGUCUAAAAGAGGCAGCCUAUAUGAAGGACUUCCACCAUCCCAACGUCAUCAAACUCAUUGGAGUGAGUCUACACCGGCGUCCCAGCCAGCGGCUGCCAAUUCCAAUGGUGGUCCUGCCAUUUAUGAAGCAUGGCGAUCUGCACACCUUCCUGUUGCUGUCCCGUUUGGGAGAUGAGCCAUUUGAUCUACCUCUUCAGACUCUGGUCCAGUUCAUGCUGGACAUUGCCCGGGGAAUGGAGUAUCUGAGCACCAAGAACAUCAUUCACAGAGACCUCGCUGCCCGAAACUGCAUGUUGAACGAGAACAUGUCUGUGUGUGUGGCAGACUUUGGACUCUCUAAGAAGAUCUACAGUGGAGAUUAUUACCGCCAGGGCUCUGUUUCCAAACUGCCCGUCAAGUGGAUUGCUCUAGAGAGUUUGGCAGACAAUGUGUACACCACUCAGAGCGAUGUGUGGGCGUUUGGUGUAACAAUGUGGGAGAUCAUGACCCGCGGUCAGACUCCAUAUCCUGGGGUGGAAAACUCGGAGAUCUACGAGUUUCUGAUCAAAGGAGAGCGUCUGAAGAAACCCGCAGACUGCAGAGAGGACAUUUACGAGAUCAUGCACAGAUGCUGGAGUCCGGUUCCAAAAUGUCGUCCCAGUUUCCAGCAACUGGUCUCUCAGCUAGAGAUGCUGCACCUCAACCUGUCCCCGUCUGCUCCUCUGAAGGAGCCUUUACUCUACGUCAACCUGGAAGGAGACAACAGGGAGCCGGACAGAGAGGGAGGAGCUGUUGGAGCCCGGAUCCUGGGACCUGAGGCCACAGCAGAAGCUUCCAGCUGGAGCGUCCCCUGGCAGCGAUGGGCAGAGAAUGAGGAGAAGGACUGGCUAAUGGUGGGAUUAGGGGCUGCGCUGGCCAUUGGAGGUGACUACCGGUACAUUGUUGGCCCCUGUGGAGCCAUUGGCGAGGAAGGGGAGGAGGUGGGUUUGGUGGGAAGAAGAGAGGAUUUAGGAAACAGAGUGUUCGAUGAGUCACGGGACGAAGAGGACGACAUUGUAAUUGACGUUUGAUAGGUUGUUCUAUCAUAGCACUGGCUUACUCUUCUUACCUGAUUGGCAGCUCACUUUAUGUCCCCGAGCAGCAGCAGCAGCAGUUGGUAGGGACCAGCCUUGGAACAAAAGGACCAACUCUCUCACUGACCUUCAAAUGCUGCCAGGGCACAAACGCAUUCUUGGCCUGUUGUGGACUGAGUCAGUGGUUGAGGAGCUAAACAUCUGUCAUUUCAGAGGUUUUUUUUUUUGUAAAAGCAUGAAAUGUUUUGUGGUUUCAGCUUCCAAGGCAUCAGUUUUAUCAGCAGCAAGACCUUAUUUAAAUCUCAUAGUGUUUAUCAAUUAGUCAAUAAUAAAAAUAAAGAUUCAACAAUUAGAGAACAUUUCUCACCUCGGGGAACUGCUAGCCACCCAGUUUACUUCUGGUUGAAUAAUUACUAGAGAUCGAAAGAAAUCAGCUAGUGAGAGGAAGCAUAAAGGUGGAAUAAGUUAUUUAAAAGGCAACUGUAUUUUCUACGAUGCAUCAAUGUCUACGGGUUUUUCAGGCUGCGAGAUAGCAAGAGAGAGCCAAGUGUUCAGCAGAUAAAUGGAAAGCUGAGUACCGCAAAGUUGCUCCGUUUAUCUUUUUGAGUUUUCAGUGUCCGUCUGUCAUGGAACAUGCUGGAUUUGAAAAAGUCAAGAUCUAAAUAGUCUGGAAUAUGUUUUUUUGUAAUUAUACUAGCUGUGCUCAUUACUAAUAUAAGUUGCAGAAGACUGUUUAAAAUGUUACAGCGACACAGUAGCAUGACGUCGCCACAACUCCUAAUCUAGAUAAUGACUCAUCAUGACAGGAAGGCUAGUAAAAAAACAAGCGCUGUUUGGAAUUUGUUAAAAUCUGUAUCAGCAUGUCAAAGCGUUCCAUAAAGUCGAGAUUGUGAUUCGGCCACAAAACUGUGAUCUGUGAACUUUGGUGGGUAAAUGAUACCUGGUUAACCAGAAUAUUUACAGUUUUUCCCUGUGUUUUGGAUCCUUGUUUCACAUUAAUUUCAAAGGAUUUAGCUUCUAAGUUGGUGACAUACCUCCUCAUCAAACUUGCUUUUAUUUUGAAGAACUGUAAAACUGGCAAGAAUCAGACCAGGACUCGUAGUAGGCAGGCAGCAGUUGACCAAACACGAUGUUGCUUCUGCAGCUGGGAGUCCUUCUGAGAAUAAAACAAAGUGCGAUCAGAAUUAUAUGAUGGAGCUGAUAUUUUUUCUGCAGAUGACUAAACAACUCUUUGUUAGGGUGAUCAAAAAAAGUCCUCUGCAGGAUACACCAGGAUCAUCCAGUCUGCUGCAAUAACAUGACUUCUGCAGUGUGGAAGACUUCCUACAUGCACUAGUAUGUUUCCAACGAAAGAAUGUAGUUACUGGAAGAUAAGCUAUUGAACAGGUGGACAUAUGGGGAGGCUGUUUCCUUACUAUCAACAGCAAACAAGCUGAUGAAAUAAGCGUUGGCAUGUUUUUUAUAAUCUUCCUUGAUAACCAGUAGCGUAUCAGCUAAUCAGGAGGGAGUUAUGAGGCAACAGCAUUUUGAGAAACUCUACUGAUCAUCCUCCAGCCCGGCUGUAGUGACAUACUGCAGGAUCUGAGCAGGAGGAGGCCUGGAUCAGGGUCUGAUUCACUUCCUACCUGCAGGGUAGGAGCACCGUGCAGCAAACGUCAAUCAGUCAAUUCAUUUUUAGGUGAACAUCACAGGUUCUUGUUGGAAAUGAGCGAAGCUCGGAGAACUAACUUUCAGUCAAAACAUCUACAUCAUGUAGAUUUUUUUUAAGGGACUUAGAGAUAAGAAUCAAUUCUGGGUUGUCAAAUAUUUUUUACAUAUUUCAACAUGUAAGUUGGGACUAAUUAUUGACUCAAUAAUACUUCAGCACCCAGAAGGGAUGGCCCGGUUUGAAUGGAAUUUUGUCCAGUAGAUGAGUUUACUAGCAGAAGCCGGCAGGUUUCAAUCAUGGAUUCGUGUUGGAAACAGGUGUGGAGCGAUAGUGUUCUAGGUUGAGAUGGGAUGAAACAACUCUAACAUAAUUAAAACUAUUUUAUUAUGGCAACAGAAAAAACUUAUUGUGCAGCAGCAGGCAGUGAAAGUUUGACAUUAAAGUCCUGUCAUCAUGCAGCAUUACAUGCUUCGAUACAGGCAGUCGUUGGGGUGUCUGAUGAGUGAGUGAAGGUCAACAGAGACAGAUUAAACGGCACUACUGGGUCACAUUGUGACCUUGCAUACAACCUGAUGGUCAUGCUGAGCACAUGCCUGCCAUGUGGAAUGGACAGACAUUGCAGUGUCCUUGUGAGUACAUGAAGGUUUCCACAUUUUGUUCUGAACUCUAUUGUAUUGAGUAUUCCUCAACAUAUUGGGCAGGUAGACGAUAUGACAACUCAGUUUCAGUCAAACCCACAAUGUUUUCUGAUGUCUCUGCGAGGUGCCUUCUGUGUCUGCUGACCUGAGCUCACUGCUUUGCUUCACUGUUGGAUGCUCCAGCAAAUGCUAGGUGAUCCACAUAUGGACCAAAGGACCCCCAAAUCAGACCAUUUCUUCUGGGUGCUAAACUGCUUGGGUCAGUCAGUGUAUUACUAACAAGGAAAGCAUCAACAGGUGAACAGAAAAUUAAUCAGCAGCUGUUGCCAUGCUGGAAAUGUGUUAACAAGCUCUAACGCACUGGUGUCGACUCUCUUAGCCUCUCUGGGACAUGUAGCACGUGUAAAAUGGCUUCAGACACGUCUUUUAACUUGAAGCUUGUGCAGCCUGUUGAUCAAGGUGUACUAACUGCUUCAGGUUUUUCUAGUGUUGUGCUCCUUGCUGCAUUAUGUGGGUGUGACAUUGUAACUGCCUGUUUUUAACCGUUGUGUAAAUCACUGACUUCAGAUCUGUGAGGAGGGCUGAACUUGUGAAAAAUAAAGUCUUACUGGUGA